AUGGAGAACAAGUUUCCAAAUUGGGACUAUCAUACUAGUUCCAUCAUUGAAGGGCGUAUCUUAAUCAUGUGGAGAAGAUUGUCUGUUAAAAUUAUUAUCACAGAGGAAUCUUCUCAAGCUAUUCAUUGUCAGGUGAAAAUGUUGGUUUUGCAGCAAGAUUUUGGGGUUUCAUUUGUUUAUGGUCUAAAUUCGAUUGAGGGCAGGAGGUGUCUUUGGGAUGGCUUACAGAGACCUUAUCAUAUGCUUAAAGCUUGGAUCUAUCUUGGUGAUUUUAAUGCUCCUCUUUCAGGCAAAGACAGAGUUGGAGGCAAGGCAGUUUCAGAUUCUGAGUUACAUGACUCGACAAAUUGGUUGGCUGGUGCUCAGGUUGAGCCUCUUCGGGACCGAAUAGGAGAUCUUCAAGCUAAUUAUCAGAAGGCUAAGGAAAGUUAUCUAAAUGCUCAGCUUCAAGCUCAAGCUCACCCCCUAGAUUCUGAUUACCAAAUAACUGAGAUGUCUGCUGCAGGGGAGUAUGCUAUUCAGGAGAAGCUUUAUCAGAGUUUUCUAACUCAAAGGAGUAAGGUAACCUGGUUGUGGCAAGGAGAUCUGAACACUGCCUUUUUUCAUGCAUUUCUUAAGAAGCGUAAGGCUGAAAAUGGGAUAGUUUCUUUUAUUACAGAGGAAGGGCAGGUAGUUGAUAACUAUACAGAGGUGGUUUCUCAUUUUCUGGGCCAUUUUAAAACUUGUUUAGGCAGUCCUAGCUCAGCUUCAGGCAGGGUUAAUAUGCAGCAUGUUGACUUAGGACCGAAACUCUCAGUUGAUCAACAAAUGUUGCUUCUGAAACCUUUUUCUAAGAAGGAAAUUAAGGAGGCCUUAUUUAGUAUUCCUAAUACUAAAUCCCCAGGUCCUGAUGGGUAUGGCUCCGGCUUCUUUAAAGCUGUUUGGAGCAAGAUUGGAGAAGAGGUUUGCUCGGCCAUCUCCUUCUGUUUUGAAUCUGGCAGGUUUCCUUCUAAGCUUCAUGAUACAACAAUUUCUUUGAUCCCUAAGAUUGCUAAUCCUUCUCGGACUGUCGAUUAUAGGCCAAUAGCUUGCUGUUCUACUCUGUAUAAAUGCAUGGAUAAAUUGAUUUGUAAAAGGCUGGCUGCUGUCCUUCCCGUAAUUGUUCAUCCCAAUCAAGGAGCUUUCAUUCAAGGACGAUCUAUUGCACAUAACAUCAUGAUCUGUCAAGAUCUCAUAAAGAAUUAUGGGAGAGUUUCUACCUCUUCGAGAUGCGCUAUCAAGAAAGACUUAAGCAAAUCUUACGAUACCGUAGACUGGCUUUUUCUUGAAGGUUUGCUGGAAGCUUUAAAGUUCCCCAUUAAGUUUAUAGGCUGGGGUACUCUUCCAGUUGUUAGGAGUGUUAAAAUGGUUCUUGAUGAGUUUGCCAUUGCUUCUGGUUUGAUUAUUAAUACAGGUGAAUCUCAGAUUUUUUUCGGAGGUGUCUCUUUGGAGGAUAGAAAAAGAAUUUCUCAGGAUAUCAACCUUGCAUUGGGUUCUUUUCCCCUAAGUUACCUAGGGGUUCCAAUGAGGCCUACCAAGUGGAAACAUACUGACUUCAAGGAAGUUGAAAGGCUUUGUAGAGGAUUUCUUUGGGGAGUCUCUGGGCAGAGGAGUAAAUUGCAUCUCCCUUCUUGGCAAAAAGUUUGCCUUCCCAAAGCUUAUGGUGGAGUGGGGUUUCGAGAGGGCUCUCUUUGGAACUGGUCUGUACUGGCCAAGUAUGUUUGGGCCUUAUCUUUCAAGCAUGAUUUACUGUGGGUUAAGUGGAUUAACUCCAUUUAUUUGAAAGAUAAAAGCUUUUGGAGCUAUGAGUUAAAGGGGGACUGUAGUUGGUAUUGGCGGAAGUUGUGCCAUCUGAAAAAGUAUUUAAGUUUUGCUGCCAUUGUAGCUGCUGGUAUGAAGGGUAAAUUUCUGUCUUCGAAGCUGUAUAAUAGUCUCUUGACUCAGCAAAAGGAUGAGUAUUUUUGGACAGUUUGGAGCAGGAUUAUCCUCCCCAAACACAAGUUCAUGUUGUGGCAAGUGAUACAUUCUCAGUUAUUGACUAGAGAUAACCUUAACAGAUUUCAUAUCCCUCUGAUCUCAUUGUUGUGUCCGGCUAUGCAGCGUGGCCUUUGGAUUUCAAGAGCUGGCUGGUUUGGCUCACCAGAACUAGGAGCGGUGCCAAGGCUAGUAUAG